CUGCAACCAAAUGCCCAAUACGGUAAUGCUUUGAUCGCUCACCGACCUUUUUGGGCAGUGCAUCACGCCAAUCUCGGACUCAGACUCGGACUCGGGAUUCAAACUCAGCCUCAAGAACAGUUCUUUAACUAUUAAUGAGAAAGCUACUGUAAGGAUCGAUCAUAGGUCUCCUCACCCUCACCAUCAUGGCGAACAAAGCUCACCCGUAUCAUAUGGAGGAAAUGGACGACGACGUUCCCCCUCCUAAGUACACGGCAUCAGCUCAGUCCAGUGAAAACGGAUUUGUCGAUAUGAACGACGUUCAGGCCCCUAAUAUAUCGUACGGCGGGUACAUUGCUGCAGGCAAAGGGCUCAGAUCAUCCGCAUUUAUUACUCCAGAUGGUCGAAUUUCAGUUUCCCUCAAUCUGAAGCAUAAACUGCCCGAGCUCCCAGAGGAUCAUGCUCCGGAUGUCAAGGAGUUUGCUGUUGACCGAGAGUGGACAAAGUUUCCCAAGAUGAACAUUGUAAUCAUGAUUGUCGGAAGCCGCGGUGAUGUUCAGCCCUACGUUGCUCUAGGCAAAAGAUUAAGAAGUGACGGGCACCGGGUACGAAUAGCGUCACACGAAACGUUCAGAACGUUUGUUACAGAGAAUGGUUUAGAAUUCUUCGAUAUUGGAGGAAAUCCGCAAGAUCUGAUGAGCUAUAUGGUGAAGAACCCCGGGCUAGUACCUGGCGUGGACUCUCUGACUAAUGGCGAUAUACCGAAGAAGCGGAAGAUGUUGGCUGAGAUGAUGAACGGAUGCUGGCUUUCAUGUUACUCGCCUUGCCCUCGCACAGGGAGGACGUUUGCUGCUGAUGCUAUCAUAGCGAAUCCUCCAUCUUUUGCUCACAUUCAUUGCGCCCAAGCAUUGGGCAUCCCUCUUCAAUUGACGUUUACCAUGCCUUGGACCGCGACGUCCGCUUUCCAUCAUCCUCUCGUAAAUGUUAAAGACUCGAAUGCAGGAAAGGGUCUAACAAAUUAUCUGACAUACCCCCUCGCCGACAUCCUUACCUGGCAAGGAAUGGGCGAUAUCAUCAAUAAAUUGCGUACACGGACGCUCGGCUUGACACCUCUUUCUUUGAGAUCAGGCUCGGGUGCCCUCGAUACUUGCAAAGUUCCGUGGACGUAUUGUAUGAGCCCAGCUCUCGUACCGAAACCUAGUGACUGGAAGAACCACGUCGAUGUUGUAGGGUUUUACUUUUUAGACUUGGCUACGAAUUAUACACCGCCAGCCGACUUGGCCGCAUUCUUGGCUGCCGGCGAUGCGCCAAUAUACAUAGGAUUCGGCUCAGUCGUGGUGGAUGAUCCCGCUACGAUGACACGUACCAUAUUUGAAGCCACAAAACAAGCUGGUGUUCGAGCCCUUGUAUCUGCUGGAUGGGGAGGUCUCGGAGGCGUCGCCAUUCCGUCGCAUAUUUUCAUUCUCGGGAAUAUACCGCAUGACUGGCUUUUCGCUAAAGGGCGGGUUGCAGCAGUUGUUCAUCAUGGCGGUGCUGGAACCACUGCAGCUGGUCUAUCUAAGGGCCUUCCGACUGUCGUUGUUCCAUUCUUUGGCGAUCAAGGAUUCUGGGGGAAUAUGAUUCAUAGAGCUGGGGCUGGACCUGCACCGAUUCCUCCAAAGAGUCUCACGGUAGACAGCCUAAAAGAUGCAAUCGUCUUUGCUAUCAGCCCUGCUGCAAAGAGUGCUGCCCUAAAGAUGGCAGAACAGAUCCAGCAUGACGACGGCGUCAAACGUGGUGCAGAGAGCUUCUAUCGCUAUCUUCCUUUGAAGAACAUGAGAUGUGACCUGGAUCCUUCACGGAUAGCGGUCUGGUGGUCUCCGAAACACCGUCUGAAGCUUAGCGCCUUUGCCGCACAGGUCUUAGCAGAUGCACGAGAGCUUAAUAUGGGAAGCUUGGACGCACAUCGGUCCAAGGAAUACACCUUGGAUAAGAGUGUGUCCGAUCCCUUGACCGGAAGCUCAACUGCGGUCUUUUGGACCGUCACUCAUUUUUCUGCUGGACUUGCAAAGAUAUUUUAUUCCCCCGUCUCUGGCAUCGUGCAGACGACAACGGCCAUUCCGCAAGGAAUGAUGAAGAUUUUGACGAACGUACACGAUGGUCUCCACAACAUGCCAAAGUUAUAUGGUUCCAAAGUUAGAAAACCCGGGAAGGUGACAAAUUUCAAGAGCGGUCUUAAGGAAGCCGGAAAGGAAUUUGCAUACGGCUGCUACGACGGAAUUACUAGACUUGUGACUGAGCCCAUCAAGGGUGCCCUGGAAGAUGGCGUCAUUGGCGCAAUGAAAGGAUCUGCUCGGAGCUUCGCGAACAUAGUCACAAAGACUGGGGCAGGAGGUUUAGGCCUCGUGACCCAUCCUAUAAAUGGAGCUUUGAAAGGUAUUCGAUCUGAUUUUAGUAAAGAACCUGAGGAGCGUCAAAGGACUACACGCAUGGAAGACGGGGUUAAGGAAGUGAGACAAAGCACGUCAGUGGAGCGGAAUCUGAUAUUAAGGAGGUUCCGCGAGGCCAAAGCGACCGCAUCGGAACGAAAAAAUACCAUACUGAAGGCGGUCCGCAACAUGUUACACGGAGAUUUCGAGGAGGAUAUGGUUGUCGAGGCUGGCCCGAGCGUGCAGAGAACGGGCCGACACGACUCAGACUGGCACAAAGCUGCUGUUCGUGGAGGUGCUCGGGAUGAAAAAUGGUUACCAUCUGAGCAGCCGAGCCAUACUGGAUCGGGUUGGUCGCGGGCAGAGGAGGACGAUGCAGAUUUUCUUAGAGACAUGGAAAUAGCCAAGCAGCUUUCUCUGGAGCAGCAGAGAGACUACGAGCGCAAGUAUGGAGAUCAUAUAUAAACAUAG